CGCAAAAGAAUGACACGCUUUUUAAUAACUGGAGUUCCGUUUUAAAAGACCUAAGUCACGGAAGACUCUUGAUUUUCCUCGUCUCAAGGAAAUGUAGAGCAUUUCACAUAUAAUGAAGAGGUAGAUUCCAUUUUUGAUGUCUACCAUUUCCAUUAGGGCAAUUUAGAAAAGAGAAAAGGGAAAAAGCAAGAGAUCAAGAACUGGAGAAGAGAAAGAGCUUUUCUUUCUUCUUUCUCUCUGGCGCUCUAGAGCGCCAGAGAUCUUUUUCGCUCUUAGAGUCAUUAAUCAUUUUGAAAAAGGAAAAAGAAAAGAAGGAAGAGAGAACAAGAACAUCUCCUCUCUCUGUCUAUUACGUUUUUUCUUUUUCAGUACCUUAACAGGUAUUGAAGCUUUCCCAUUUUCCUUCUCAUGGAUUUUCAUCCUUUUUUUUGAUAUACGUUCUUUUACUUAGUGACAAAGAAUAUAUAGCCGAAGAUGGGAUUGAGACUGAAACACAUUUCUUCUUGUGAUUUUGUUUUGUGUAACGUGAGAAUAUGUUAUAUGACCUUUUUUUGUUAUAAUCAAUUUCAAUCCAAUCAUUUAGAUACAUAUAUAUAUUCUCACGACCCUAUGCCGUAGUUUAGUGCAUAGUGCUGUCCUUUUUCAUUUAGAUACGUAUAAUUAUUUUCAUAAUUUUGUAGACCAAGUCAUACAUACUUAAACACAGAUUGAUAUUUCAAUGGAGAGUGGUACUAUGGAAAUGAAAGUUCAACAGCCAUAUUUAGCUGUUCCAGUACUGCCACCACGUUGGAAGAUAGUAAUGGUGGCAUCCAUAGCUGCUGGAGUUCAAUUCGGAUGGGCACUUCAGCUCUCUUUGUUAACUCCUUAUAUACAGCUACUAGGUAUUCCACACAGAUAUGCUUCAAUUAUAUGGCUCUGUGGACCUAUUUCUGGAAUGAUUGUUCAGCCUGUGGUUGGUUACAUAAGUGACAACCUCUCCUCCACCUUUGGCCGCCGUCGGCCCUUCAUUGCCGCCGGCUCCUCCCUCGUCGCCGUUGCCGUCAUUUUCAUUGGCUUUGCUGCUGAUAUUGGCCAUGCUUUUGGUGAUCCUCUUGAUACAAAAACUAAGCCUCUUGGCAUUAUUACUUUUAUCGUUGGGUUUUGGUACCUUGAUGUCGCUAACAACAUGUUACAGGGUCCGUGCAGAGCAUUCUUGGCUGAUCUCUCUGGCGGAAAAGCCGGUCGGAUAAGGACGGCACAUUCUUGCUACGCAUUCUUCAUGGCGAUCGGAAGCAUUCUGGGGAAUGCCGCCGGUUCAUAUUCUCACCUCUACACCAUCUUCCCCUUCACAAAGACGGAAGCCUGUGGUGUUCAAUGUGCAAACCUAAAGAGUUGUUUUCUGAUUUCAGUAGUUCUUUUGCUCACUUUAACAACCUUAGCCUUAACAACUGUGGAUGAAAAAGGGCUGCCGCAGAAAGAUCAUUUCAUCAUCAGUGAGUAUUUGGGUUCAUCAGGAAAAAAAGGAGGAUUGUUGUUUUUUGGAGAGAUGUUUGAAGCUCUAACGCAUUUGCCAAGAUCAGUGUGGAUUCUUCUGAUGGUCACAGCUGUAAACUGGAUUGCUUGGUUUCCAUUCACCUUAUAUGGCACUGACUGGAUGGGCAAAGAGGUAUAUGGGGGCAGAGUUAGGGACGGGAAUCUAUACAAUAAAGGAGUACAUGCAGGUGUAUUUGGGUUUCUGUUGAGCUCACUGGUGCUAUGUUUAAUGUCAAUGGGAGUGGAGUGUGUUGGAAAGUGGCUAGGUGGUGCAAAAAGGCUAUGGGGGAUUGUCAAUUUCAUCUUGGCUAUUUGCUUGGCCAUGACUGUUUUUGUUACAAAAAUGGCAGAGAAAUCACGGCGAUACGGCGGCGACGACGGCGAACUUCUGCCGCCGGAUCAAGGUGUCAAGAUCAGUGCCUUGCUUCUUAUUGCUGUUACGGGAAUUCCUCUAGCAGUCCUUUAUAGCAUCCCAUUUGCUAUGGCAUCUAUAUAUUCUAGCAAUGCUGGGGCAGGGCAAGGUCUAUCACAAGGAGUCAUAAAUCUUGCAAUAGUUGUCCCACAGACGUUAGUGUCACUAGUGGGAGGGCCAUUUGAUGCGUUAUUCGGAGGAGGGAACUUGCCGGCGUUUGUGGCGGGAGCAAUUGCAGCUGCAGUCAGUGGUAUUUUGGCACUCACAUUGUUGCCUUCUCCUACUGAGCCUGAUGUUGAACCUAGCCCCAUUUUCGCCGUUGCUUCCCACUGACAAAAUACAAAUUAAACAAGUUUUGAUCACUCAUUUUUGUUUUUGUUCAUAAUAUGUAGAAUUAGAGUAGCACAAUUUUGAACGUCGCGUUUUUCUUUUCCUUCCUUUUGUAAAUGGUUGUACAAAUUAAUGAUGUUAAAUAGGAGUAUAUAUUAACAUACCGUUUUGAGUUUGAAAGGAAUUGUUAGUAUAUGUUACUUACUUAAAAGGCUGACAGAAUUCCUUCUUU